AUAAUUCUAUCGGUAUUAGAAUAUGCGUAAACAAUACGCACGAACAACAAGACUAGAGUUGCUUCAUUUUAGAAAUAUAACCGAGUCUAUGAAUGAGAAUCACUCGACACAAAAUUUCUACUAGAAUCGGGAUCGGGACCGGGACCAGCAGAAAAAUUUCACCUGGACCGGGACGGGACCGGGACCAGAAACUUUUCACCUGGAUUAUGCCGGGACCGGGACCGGGACCAGAAAAAAGUGAUUUUGCAGUUCCCUAGGUCUCUGUCUUGUUCCUACCGAAAAUUAUUCGAAAAACUUAUAAGUACAUUAACUUCUGGCAUCGAUAUUAGGACAUAAAAUUAAUAUCAUGAAUUGUAUCUUCUUUUUUUUUUUGGUGAAUAUUUAGAAAGAGAAGAUAAUCUUCGCUUCGAUUAUUAUGAUGCACCAGCACAAACAUCAGCAUCAAGAACAACAACAUUUAAUAAUUUCUAUGAUGAACAAGAUAGAACAGAUAAUACUCAAGAAGAAUAUCGUAAUCAAUUGAUUCGAUUGCUUAUGUACGAUACAGUCUUAACCAGAAUUAUAUCGUCAUCGAUUCUUCAAUCAUAUACUAAUGAUUCUGUUCGAGUUCUUUGUGCAAUCAUUGAAAAAAAUUUCCAUGAUAAUCAAAUACAAUGUGAAAAAACAAUCAAUUUUGUUUCACGUUGGUUAACAUUAAUUGAUGAUGAUAAUGAAAAAGAUUCAUUUAAUUCUUCAUCAAAUCGUGAUAUAUGGCGACUAGCUCAUAUUUAUACAUUACUUGAAUACGAACAAAAUGAUAUUUUUUCAUUAUAUUCUGCUUGUCGAAUAACAGAAAAUCUUGAUCGAAAUCAAUCAUUCUAUAAUGAUCUUUUCGUAGAUGAAGAAAUAACACGUUCGAAAGUUCGUGAAAAUUUAUUUCGAUUAAUGUUUCAUCAUUUAUGGACUAAACUUUGUGAUUUAUGUCAAACGAAUGAAAAUCCUAAACAAUGGAUACAUAGUUAUACAUUAAUUUCGAAAUAUUAUCCAUCAGAACGAGUUUUACAACGAAUGGAAUAUGUUCAUAUGAAAUUGAAAAUUGAAUUUAUGAAUUUAGUUUAUUUAAUUUUACUCAAUGAAAAAACGCCACAACCUAUAAAACUUAUUCAACAAUUACUAAAUAAUUCAUCACUUAUACAAGAUGAUAUGGAGAAUUAUCAUAUUAAUGUAUAUGGAUCAAGUUGUCUACAAUUAUUAACUUAUAUUAUUCAAACAAUCGAUCAAUAUUUUGAAAAGAGUAAUUCUAAUAAUAGUACAUUAAUGAUUGAUAUUCAACAAUGGAUCAUUUCAACAUUAAAAGGAUCGAAGCGAUCAUCACAUCAAGAAAUAAUUACUCUAUUAAAAUUUUUAAAUCAACCAACAUGUCAUUUAUCAUUGCCAAUGAAACAAUUUCUUUUUGAUGAAUUAGUUAAUAUUUCAAUUGAAAAUAAUCGACAAGAUCGUAUGAAUAAUCAUCGACAAUUUACUUCUUUCUGGGAUCAUCUUUGUCUGUUGUCACUGAUAAUAGAAUGUAUAACUAAUGAAAAUAUAGAAAAUUAUCAAAUACCCUAUCAUCCAUCUAUUAUUACGAAUGAAAAUCAGAAUUAUAUAUUAAUUGAUCUAUAUUUUUUUCAUCUUCGACGAUUAGCAAAUGAUGAAACAAUACGAUUGAAUUUAAUUAAUAAAAUUCUUCUCUCAAGUUUACCAAAGAUAAAUGAUGUACAACAAAUUACUCUUGCACAAAAAAUAUUCCAACAAUUAAAAGAAUAUUUUCUUUUACAUUGUACAGCUUUAUUAUUAUGUCAAAUAGAUUUAAAUAAUCAAGAUCAACAAAGACUCAAUCAUAUUCUUAUGACAAUUAUUAAUCAAUAUUUAACUAUACCUCUACCCAUACUUCAACUGAGUAACUAUGUUGAACUUUUCUGUUCGAUCAUUAUUACUAAACGAUCAUGGAAUUUUCUUCUUAAUCUAUUAAAAUCAGAUCGUCUUCAACGUUUAAAUUCUCAAUGGGCUGAUAAUUUACAUAAUCUACUCAAAUCAAAACAUACUAUUCAACGUAAUAAAUAUCUACAGUAUAGUCAUCAAUUACAAUUUACAUUAACCACUGAUAUUACUUCAUCUAUUUUUCCUACAUUACAUCAACCAUAUCAUGAAUUAACUCAAUUGAUUGAUCAAUGUGUAAAAAAUAAUAAUAUCGAACAACGUUGGAUACCUUUAACGAAUUGGAUACAAUCAAAAUUAUAUUCUAAUCCACCAAUAGUCAAUGCUAUUGAAAUAAAAGUAAUGUUAUUAUUAAAUAUUUAUUAUGAUUAUUAUUGUAAUGCACAAUUAAAAUCUCUUGAUCAUCUAUUAACAACUAUCAUUGAAAAUAUACUUCAACCAACAGACGAAGAACGACGAGUAUUUCGUAUUCUGUUAAAACCUGAACAAAAUAUGAUUGGAUAUACAAGAGAAAAUAAUCAUGUAGAUAAAAAUCAUCUUAAUGAUUUAUUCGAAAUUGAUUGUCAAGAUGAUGAUGAAUUACCUAUUCGUCAUAUACUUGUUAACCUUUUGGCGAUGAUUUUACUUGGUGGAAAAGAAAAUACUCUUUGGACAUUUGUAUUUGAACCAUUGAAACUACUAGAAACAUUUGGUGAGUUUUAA